CUGUGCAGUCGAUUGGCAGCGGCCAUCGGAGUGACAGCUCUAAUCACAAGACACCCAAAAAAAUAAAUAAAUAAUUAUUUAAGUGACCACCAAUCUGUGUCCAGCUGCAUUCAGAGGCCAUGUCGUGGGUCUCCGACUACAAGUACACAUGGACGGAGCGGCUUGCGAUGCGAACGCUACGCGCCUGUGGCUACAUUCCGCACCACGUCGCCUUCGUGAUGGACGGCAAUCGGAGGUUCGCCCGCUCACAGCAGAUUGAUAAGAUCGAGGGUCACUCGCGGGGAUUUGAGAAGCUUGCGGACUGCCUGCGCUGGUGUCUGGACGUGGGCGUUCGCGAAGUGACCACCUUUGCCUUUAGCAUCGAGAACUUUAAGCGUUCCAACGAGGAGGUCGAGGGACUGUUCAAUUUGGCCCGGGAGAAGUUUGCCCGCCUGCUGGAGGAGACAGCUCGACUGGACGAGCAUGGCAUCCGCAUUCGGGUGAUUGGGAACAUCGAGCUACUGCCACUCGACUUGCAGAAGCUUGUGGCUUCGGCUAUGCUGAGCACAGAGCGCAAUGAUAAGCUCUUCCUCAACGUGGCCUUUGCGUACACGUCGCGGGACGAGAUUACGCAGGCGGUGGAAACGAUACUGCGGCACGGCAGCCAGGAUUUGGCUGGCGAAGACAUCAGUGAACGGCUGCUGGAGGAAUGCCUCUACACGCGACACUCGCCGCCACCGGAUCUGGUGUUCCGCACCUCCGGCGAGACCAGGCUAAGCGACUUCAUGAUGUGGCAGUUAAGCACAUCCGUGUUGUACUUCAGCAACGUCCUGUGGCCGCAAAUCACUUUCUGGCACUUCCUGGCCAGCAUUCUGGCCUACCAGCGCGACCGCUGGCAACUGGAGGACUUUCGGCGCGCGGAGAGGAUGCAGAGCUACCAGCUGGCCAAGAAAAGCGACUUCUACAGCGAACGGGUCCAGAAGUUCCUGGCCACCAUCGACGAGGACCGGCGGAAGCUGCUCGUGCGACUGGCUGCAAAUUAACGUCCUGGAGUCCCUCCGAUUUCUACAUGACGAUGAUGUUUGUGAUAUCAGUGGGGAUUAAAAUCGUGUAAAUAGCAUAUAUGUACGGUUUUUCGGCUUGUGUAACAAGGUUAACCGACUUUCAAAAUAUGUCCCGUUGGAGAUUUCAUCACCUUAAUGCACUUGUUUAAGACAUUCAAUUAAUUUGUGGCUGAAUUGUGCGCUUAGCUAGAUUGUUUUCACAUUCGGUUUUAAAAUAAGUUCUAUAAAGUGUUUGCCUUCCAUUUGAUAAGUAAAUUAUAAAAAACAAA